UUCUCGGUCUCCCCAGUGGCAUGCACAGCACGAUGUUGAACUUGCAGCUUCAAGCUUUCCACUUCUUCACGCGCGACCUUCCUACGCCGCGAGAUCACAUACGUCCGCUCGCGCAUCCCAUAUCAUUCCUAUUCUCGACCCGACUCGUCUCAAUCGUACAUUAUCAAUAUGAAGCUCGUCAGAUUUCUCAUGAAGUGUCAGAAUGAGACUGUCACUAUUGAGCUCAAGAAUGGCACCAUCGUCCACGGCACAAUCGCAUCUGUAUCACCACAAAUGAACACGAAUCUCAGAACAGUCAAGAUGACACCGAAACACCGUGAAACCAUCGCCCUAGAUACACUCUCUAUUCGUGGAUCGACGAUUCGAUACUACAUCCUCCCAGACAGCUUGCCGCUUGAUACUCUUCUGAUUGACGAUGCGCCGAAGCCAAAGAACAAGGCUAGGAAAGAGGUGGCUGAUCGUGGUGCGCCAGCGCGAGGUGGCCGUGGUCGGGGCGGACCUCGUGGGCGUGGACGGGGCGGUGGUCGUGGUCGUGGUCGUGGAUUCUGAUGAAGCAGGGCCUAAAGAUGAGUUUAAAGAUGACAUAACCUGGGCAGUCUACAUGUUGAUUCGCAUGACGGUGUGAGUUGAAAA